AUGUCAACUGUGGAAGAUCACUCCUCCUUACAUAAAUUGAGAAAGGAAUCUGAGAUUCUUUCCAAUGCAAACAAAAUCUUAGUGGCUAAUAGAGGUGAAAUUCCAAUUAGAAUUUUCAGGUCAGCCCAUGAAUUGUCAAUGCAUACUGUGGCGAUCUAUUCCCAUGAAGAUCGGUUGUCCAUGCAUAGGUUGAAGGCCGACGAGGCUUAUGCAAUCGGUAAGACUGGUCAAUAUUCGCCAGUUCAAGCUUAUCUACAAAUUGACGAAAUUAUCAAAAUAGCAAAGGAACAUGAUGUUUCCAUGAUCCAUCCAGGUUAUGGUUUCUUAUCUGAAAACUCCGAAUUCGCAAAGAAGGUUGAAGAAUCCGGUAUGAUUUGGGUUGGGCCUCCUGCUGAAGUUAUUGAUUCUGUUGGUGACAAGGUUUCUGCAAGAAAUUUGGCAAUUAAAUGUGACGUUCCUGUUGUUCCUGGUACCGAUGGUCCAAUUGAAGACAUUGAACAGGCUAAACAGUUUGUGGAACAAUAUGGUUAUCCUGUCAUUAUAAAGGCUGCAUUUGGUGGUGGUGGUAGAGGUAUGAGAGUUGUUAGAGAAGGUGAUGAUAUAGUUGAUGCUUUCCAAAGAGCGUCAUCUGAAGCAAAGUCUGCCUUUGGUAAUGGUACUUGUUUUAUUGAAAGAUUUUUGGAUAAGCCAAAACAUAUUGAGGUUCAAUUAUUGGCUGAUAAUUAUGGUAACACAAUCCAUCUCUUUGAAAGAGAUUGUUCUGUUCAAAGAAGACAUCAAAAGGUUGUUGAAAUUGCACCUGCCAAAACUUUACCUGUUGAAGUUAGAAAUGCUAUAUUAAAGGAUGCUGUAACGUUAGCUAAAACAGCUAACUAUAGAAAUGCUGGUACUGCAGAAUUUUUAGUUGAUUCCCAAAACAGACAUUAUUUUAUUGAAAUUAAUCCAAGAAUUCAAGUUGAACAUACAAUUACUGAAGAAAUCACGGGUGUUGAUAUUGUUGCCGCUCAAAUUCAAAUUGCUGCAGGUGCAUCAUUGGAACAAUUGGGUCUAUUACAAAACAAAAUUACAACUAGAGGUUUUGCAAUUCAAUGUAGAAUUACAACCGAGGAUCCUGCUAAGAAUUUUGCCCCAGAUACAGGUAAAAUUGAGGUUUAUAGAUCUGCAGGUGGUAACGGUGUCAGAUUAGAUGGUGGUAAUGGGUUUGCCGGUGCUGUUAUAUCUCCUCAUUAUGACUCGAUGUUGGUUAAAUGUUCAACAUCUGGUUCUAACUAUGAAAUUGCCAGAAGAAAGAUGAUUAGAGCUUUAGUUGAAUUUAGAAUCAGAGGUGUCAAGACCAAUAUUCCUUUCUUAUUGGCAUUGCUAACUCAUCCAGUCUUCAUUUCGGGUGAUUGUUGGACAACUUUUAUUGAUGAUACCCCUUCGUUAUUCGAAAUGGUUUCUUCAAAGAAUAGAGCCCAAAAAUUAUUGGCAUAUAUUGGUGACUUGUGUGUCAAUGGUUCUUCAAUUAAAGGUCAAAUUGGUUUCCCUAAAUUGAACAAGGAAGCAGAAAUCCCAGAUUUGUUGGAUCCAAAUGAUGAGGUUAUUGAUGUUUCUAAACCUUCUACCAAUGGUCUAAGACCGUAUCUAUUAAAGUAUGGACCAGAUGCAUUUUCCAAAAAAGUUCGUGAAUUCGAUGGUUGUAUGAUUAUGGAUACCACCUGGAGAGAUGCACAUCAAUCAUUAUUGGCUACAAGAGUUAGAACUAUUGAUUUACUGAGAAUUGCUCCAACGACUAGUCAUGCCUUACAAAAUGCAUUUGCAUUAGAAUGUUGGGGUGGCGCAACAUUUGAUGUUGCGAUGAGGUUCCUCUAUGAAGAUCCUUGGGAGAGAUUAAGACAACUUAGAAAGGCAGUUCCAAAUAUUCCUUUCCAAAUGUUAUUGAGAGGUGCUAAUGGUGUUGCUUAUUCGUCAUUACCUGAUAAUGCAAUUGAUCAUUUUGUUAAGCAAGCAAAGGAUAAUGGUGUUGAUAUUUUCAGAGUCUUUGAUGCUUUGAACGAUUUGGAACAAUUGAAGGUUGGUGUUGAUGCUGUCAAGAAAGCCGGAGGUGUUGUUGAAGCUACAGUUUGUUACUCAGGUGAUAUGUUAAUUCCAGGUAAAAAGUAUAACUUGGAUUAUUAUUUAGAGACUGUUGGAAAGAUUGUGGAAAUGGGUACCCAUAUUUUAGGUAUUAAGGAUAUGGCUGGCACGUUAAAGCCAAAGGCUGCUAAGUUGUUGAUUGGCUCGAUCAGAUCAAAAUACCCUGACUUGGUUAUCCAUGUCCAUACCCAUGACUCUGCUGGUACCGGUAUUUCAACUUAUGUUGCAUGCGCAUUGGCAGGUGCCGACAUUGUCGAUUGUGCAAUCAAUUCGAUGUCUGGUUUAACUUCUCAACCUUCAAUGAGUGCUUUUAUUGCUGCUUUAGAUGGUGAUAUCGAAACUGGUGUUCCAGAACAUUUUGCAAGACAAUUAGAUGCAUACUGGGCAGAAAUGAGAUUGUUAUACUCAUGUUUCGAAGCCGACUUGAAGGGACCAGACCCAGAAGUUUAUAAACAUGAAAUUCCAGGUGGACAGUUGACUAACCUAAUCUUCCAAGCCCAACAAGUUGGUUUGGGUGAACAAUGGGAAGAAACUAAGAAGAAGUAUGAAGAUGCUAACAUGUUGUUGGGUGAUAUUGUCAAGGUUACCCCAACCUCCAAGGUUGUUGGUGAUUUAGCCCAAUUUAUGGUUUCUAAUAAAUUAGAAAAAGAAGAUGUUGAAAAACUUGCUAAUGAAUUAGAUUUCCCAGAUUCAGUUCUUGAUUUCUUUGAAGGAUUAAUGGGUACACCAUAUGGUGGAUUCCCAGAGCCUUUGAGAACAAAUGUCAUUUCCGGCAAGAGAAGAAAAUUAAAGGGUAGACCAGGUUUAGAAUUAGAACCUUUCAACCUAGAGGAAAUCAGAGAAAAUUUGGUUUCCAGAUUUGGUCCAGGUAUUACUGAAUGUGAUGUUGCAUCUUAUAACAUGUAUCCAAAGGUUUACGAGCAAUAUCGUAAGGUGGUUGAAAAAUAUGGUGAUUUAUCUGUUUUACCAACAAAAGCAUUUUUGGCCCCUCCAACUAUUGGUGAAGAAGUUCAUGUGGAAAUUGAGCAAGGUAAGACUUUGAUUAUUAAGUUGUUAGCCAUUUCUGACUUGUCUAAAUCUCAUGGUACAAGAGAAGUAUACUUUGAAUUGAAUGGUGAAAUGAGAAAGGUUACAAUUGAAGAUAAAACAGCUGCAAUUGAGACUGUUACAAGAGCAAAGGCUGACGGACACAAUCCAAAUGAAGUUGGUGCGCCAAUGGCUGGUGUCGUUGUUGAAGUUAGAGUGAAGCAUGGAACAGAAGUUAAGAAGGGUGAUCCAUUAGCCGUUUUGAGUGCAAUGAAAAUGGAAAUGGUUAUUUCUGCUCCUGUUAGUGGUAGGGUCGGUGAAGUUUUUGUCAACGAAGGCGAUUCCGUUGAUAUGGGUGAUUUGCUUGUGAAAAUUGCCAAAGAUGAAGCGCCAGCAGCUUAA